ACCUACAGUCCUUUCAGCUCCUUCAGUUUCUUCAGUUACAAACGAGUCUGCGCAGGAACCAAAGACUGGAGGAAAGAGUUCUCCAUCAAGCAGCAUGAACAAGAGGGAGAAGAAAAUGACCAGUUCUCUUCAGCCUUCUGGGGAGAAGGUGUCAGGAAAGGAGGGGAGCCCCGUGGACAAACUAUCCAGACUCCAGCACGAGGUGUUCACGCUCACUGAGGAGCUCAAGUCACAAAAGGAGCUGGUGCGACUCCUUCACAAGGUCCUGGAGGCAGCACAGCAGGAGAAGAGGACCAGCAAACAGUUCCUGGCUGGAACUGGUGCGGCACAAAGAGAGGUGUAUCGCGGACCUGGACGGCCGCCUGGAGGCCCUGCUCAAAGACAAGGAGGAGCUGGAGCAGCGGCUGGCCAUGCAGGACUGCCAAGUGAAUGAGCUUGAGCUGCAGCAGCACGUGCAGCUCAUGAUGGAGAAGAACAAUGCCAAGCAGGAAGUCAUCCUCAAGCUCUCCGAGCAGGUGGCCGCCUGCAUGGCUGACCCCCAGCGUACCGUAGCCAACUCCAUGGGCACAGAGACCUUCUGCAGGCUGCAGGAGAAGAUUGAGCACCUCAAGGUUAUUUUAAAAGUUACUUUUACAUUACAGCCAUGGGAAGUACGUCAACUCUUGUUUCAAGAAACACGGAUAAAACCACACUCUUUUUUUUGGUUUUGUUUGACCACCAUGUAAUCCUGCAUGAUGUGAAAAAGCAGUAAAGUAACUGAUCCAUGUUUUCACUGCUGGGGUGUCACAUAUGGUAUUCUGCACCUUCUCUGCAUCCAAUAAGCAUUACAAACAUGACAUCUUAACUAGCUUUUAUUAGCAUUGGAGCAGACACACAAUUACUGUUUGCCACUCCAGUCUAAGUGAUUCAUUUA